CUUCCUUUAGUUUGGGACCGCAGAGUCUGUUUUUUUUUUCUGGACAACGAAACGCUUAAAAGGUAAAAGUUUGGAUCCCGGAGGUCACAAUGAAGAUCCUGAUGAUCCUGCUUCUCCUGGGAGUACAGGAGGCGGCAGCAGUGACCCACUCUCUGAAGUAUUUCUUAACUGGAUCCUCUGAAGUCCCAAACUUCCCAGAGUUUGUGGCUGUUGGGAUGGUUGAUGAUGUUCAGAUUUAUCACUAUGACAGCAACACAGAGAAAGCAGAGCCCACACAGGACUGGAUGAAUAAAGUCACAGCAGAGGAUCCACAGUACUGGGAGAGGAACACUGCGUUCUCUCUGGGUCACCAGCAGACGUUCAAAGCCAGCAUUGAAAUUGCAAAGCAGCGCUUCAACCAAACUGGAGGUGUUCACACUUUACAGCUGAUGUACGGCUGUGAGUGGGAUGAUGAGACAGAUGAAGUGACUGGAUAUGACCAGUAUGGUUAUGAUGGAGAGGACUUCAUAUCACUUGACCUGAAGACACAGACAUGGAUCGCUCCUAAUCAGCAGGCUCUCAUCACCAAACAUAAGUUGGACAGGAGCAAAGCUGAUUUAGCCAGGAUUAAGAACUACUGCACCCAGAUUUGUCCUGAGUGGCUGAAGAAGUAUGUGAACUUUGGGAGUAGCUCUUUAACGAGAACAGUCCUUCCCUCAGUGUCUCUCCUCCAGAGGUCUUCCUCCUCUCCCAUCACCUGCCACUCUACAGGUUUCUAUCCUCACAGAGCCGAGAUGUUCUGGAAGAAAGAUGGAGAGGAGCUUCAUGAAGGUGUGCACAAAGGAGAGAUCCUCUCCAACCAUGAUGGGACCUUCCAGAUGAGUGUUGAUCUGGACCUUUCAGCAGUUGGAUCUGAGGACUGGGACAGGUACAGCUGUGUGUUUCAGCUCUCAGGUGUGAACAUCACCACCAAACUGAAGAAAGCAGGAUUCAGGAGCAAUGAAGGAGGUUCCCUCUCUGUGAUCAUUGCUGUGGUUGCUGCUGUGGUCGUUCUUGCUGCCGUCGCUGUGAUCGGAUUCAUUAUUUACAAAAAGAGAACAGAUAAGAAGACUCCACCUGAAAAUGACCCUUCAACCCUACAGAGACUUUCAGGUUCAACUUCCUCAGAUGAAAGUAUAACCAGCCAAACACAGCUGAUCCAGGAGAAACAGAAUGAAGUAACUUCACUUCAUGAGGAUUCAGCUUCACUGAACACCUGAGGAAACGUUUCUGCUUUGAAAUAAAGACAUUUCUUUAUUCCAGCCACAACACAACAUGGACACAAGACUCUGUACAACACAAAAGAGCUAAAUAACUUUUAUUUAUAGAAAUAAACCAGUGAUGUCAUGAAUAUUUUUCUAUGAGAAAUUUCUCAGGUUAUAUUAUAUAACUUUAUAAUGUGGGUGCCUGCAGUGCUUUAGAUAAAGAUUAUGUAUUUAGGAAUGAUGUUUAUUUACUGGGGUGUGUGUGUGAGAGAAUAUUAUCAUGAUUCACUGUGAAUGCUUCCUUCAGCCUCUCCCUCACUGUAGUUUUCCUUCACGUCCUUCCUGAUUCAGGAUUAAAGGGGAGCUGUGGUACCAGCUGGAAUUGAACCAACAACCUUUUUCUUGCUAAGUAAACAUGUUAAACACCGCACCAUCGGAAGGAUCGUGAUUUAUGUUCACUUUGCAGUUAUUGAUUUUAAAUAAGCACCAACACGAGGAGUCUUGAAAUACUGAGUUCAAGAAUAAAUCUUUAAUAAAAAGAUCAAUAUUUUACUUUAGUGUAUAAAGAGGGUAUCGAAAAAAAGCAGUAAUAUAUUAUUACCUCAUUUAUGUUUGUCCCACCCCCAGUUUAUAUGACAUAGAUGAACAGUCCUGAAAUGAUAUGUAUAUCUGUAGAUAGAUAUGAUAGAUGGUGAUAUGUAUAUAUGUAUGUGUAUAUUUUAUUGGCCUUUGUUCUGUCAGACUUAAUGCUCCUAUCAGAAUUAUGCAUCAAAUUUAAUGUGUGUUUAUAGUUGUUUUUGUUGUGUGAUGUUUCAGGUGUGUUUUGAUUUAUUGAUUCAGGGAUAUGAGGUUUUGUUUUUGUUAUACUAUAAAUGCCAAAUUGUAUCAGUAUAAGUGCAGCUAAAUAAAACUUUAAUAUCA